GAAAGCCAAGCCAAAUGCAUCACCACUCAGCCAAGCCAAGCAUAAUCAAUAGUUGCAAGUCUCUCUGUUUCUCUGUGGCUUUGAGAGAGUUGAGUGAAAAUGAAGGCAUCAUAUUCAUACAUUGCAAUUGCAUUGUGCCUUGUGGUUGUGGUGUUGUUGGGCAAAGCAGAUGUUUCAAUGGCAGUAACAUGCAACCCAACAGAACUAAGUCCCUGUGCAGGAGCAAUAACUUCUUCAACUCCUCCAUCCACAAUAUGCUGCAGCAAGAUCAAGCAACAGAAACCCUGCCUCUGCCAGUAUCUCAACAACCCCAACCUCAAGAAGUUUGUCAACACCCCAAAUGCCAGGAAAGUUGCUAGGACUUGUGGCACUCCCUUCCCCAAGUGCUAGCUACAUACAUCCAUGGAUGAUGCAUCAUGUCUCACAAACACCUUCAGCAAUACAAUCCAAUACAAUCAAGGGAAGGAGGGACUUAUAUAUAUUAUAUAUAUGUGUGUGUGUGCGCGUGCGCGUGCGCACGUAUCUUUAUCUUGCUCAUUAAUUAGUUCCAUGAUUUGCCUAAUAGAGAUUAGAGAGAGUUAACUCAUAUGUGCUUAAUUUGGUGUGUUUUAUUUUAUGGCAUAUUAAUAUCCAUCUGUAUUCUAUAAGCUAUGUAUUUUAGUAAAAGGCACUACUUGUUGUUACAUGCCACAUGCCAGCAUUUUCAGUGUCUUCUUAGUCUCUUGGUUUGUUGCGUGGUGUAUCAGUAGUAGUGGUGGUAAAGUGGUCUAUAUAUAUAUAAAAUGAGAAUUUGAAUCGUGU